AUGUCGGCAACAAAAUUAUUGAAUUUACAAGGAAUUCGAGGAAUCGCAAUUUUAGCGGUUUUAGCUUUUCAUUUCUUUCCAAAUUAUUUUCCAAAUGGUUAUUUGGGGGUUGAUCAGUAAGUUUUGGCAAUCUGAAUUACAUAUUUAUGCUUGGUCCAAAUUUCUGAAUCAGAUAAUUCUGAUAGUUCUCAAAAUCCAGAACAUUUUUCAGAUUUUUUGUGCUAUCCGGUUUUCUGAUGUGUAUGUUAUUAAGAAAGACCGAAAAACUUCCAAACUUCGAAAUGAUCACAAAUUUCUAUAUUCGUCGAUUCAAAAGAAUCUUACCAUUAUAUCAAUUAAUUAUCCUAAUUUCAUUAAUUGCAUUAUAUUUAAUAUUUCCUGAUACAACAAUUGAAGUUAACAUAACAUCAGCAAAACGCGCUAUAAUUUUCAUUACAAAUCAAGUGAAAACUUUGGAAGAUGAUUAUUUUGAGAAGCUAAAUAUGGCAAUUGAUAUAUUUACACAUACUUGGUCGCUUUCUGUUGAAAUUCAAUUUUAUUUUAUUGUUCCUUUCUUAUUUUUGAUGCCAUUUAGAAAUUUAUCAUUGACAAUUUUAUCAAUUUUGAGUUUGAUAUAUUUUUAUAUUUUGCCAUCGGAUAUUGCUUUUUUUAAUGUUUUCGCAAGAAUUUGGCAAUUUCUAAUUGGUAUGAUUGCUUUCAUUAUUACUCAAAGAAUAUCAGAAAAAUAUGAAUUAAAAUCGAAUGAACUGGAAAAACAACAAUUAAUAUUAGAACAAGAAAAACAUUUUGAAAAUAAAAAAUAUGAUUGUGAAUUUCUAAUGAGGGCACUAAUUCUAUCAAUGGUAUUGAUUAUAUUUUUUCCGAAAAUAGUUUUGGCUGUUAUUGCAAGGUCAGUACAAAAAAAUUUUCUUGUGGGCGGGACUAGAGAUUUACAGAAAAAUAUUUUUGAUCUACCCUUAAAAGUUUUUGCCGAAAAAAAUCUGUGGAUUCAGGAAAAUGUUGAUUUCUAAAAUUAUGUAGAUAUUUCAAAAUCUAUUCAAAAUUCUGAAAAAUAUUUAAGCUAAAAAUAUCUUUUGAUCCAAAUUAUAAUAAACUAAAUUCAGGCCAUUAGUCACAAUAACAACUGGAAUAAUUCUGAUAUUUUCAAAAGGCGAUGAUAUAUUUUUAUCAAAUAAAAUCCUAACUUAUAUUGGUGAUAUUUCAUAUUCCUUAUAUUUGAUUCAUUGGCCAAUUUUUUCAUAUUUCAAAAUAUCUAAAAUGCCAAAUAAUCAUAUUCUCAUAUUUCUAUUGCUCUCUGUGAUUCUUUCAAUUUUAAUCUAUCAUAAUUUUGAGAAAUGGUAUACAAAACAAUCAAAUAUGGUUUUAUUUAUUUUGACUGUUUCCCUAUUUCUUCUAAAUCUCGGGAUACUCAAUUAUCAGAAUUAUCAGAUGUUAUUAUCAAAAGAUCCAGAUAAUAAUAAUAAUAUAAAACAAUUACUGGGUAAUGGAACAUUUGAAGAUGCAAAGAGGUUGAAUCAUCUUUGGGAUGUGAUGGAUUUGAAAAACUUGAAAUUCAAGUGUGACGGGAAUACUGGAGGAUGGUGCUCAUAUGAUGGAUUAAAUCAGAACAAUAAAUUGAGAAUGAUGUCUUUUGGAAAUAGUUGGACAGUUAAUCAUGCAAGAAUUAUGUAUGAAGAGUGUGGUCCAAGGGUGAAGGAAUUUUUGAGAGGUUCACUUGGUGGUAAGUUUUUUUUUCAAAUUCUAAUUGUUUUUGAUAAUUAGUAAGAAGUUUCAAAACUUUGACUUUGCAAUUUUCAAAAAUGUCUAAUUUCAGGUUGUGAGCCUCUCUACAAAUUUCCCACAAAAUUCCUGAAAUGCCCCGAAUUCUUGGCGAACAUUGAAGAACAUUUGGAAGAAUUCAAACCGGAUUACGCGUUUCAUAUAACAUCUGCAAUCAACAUCGGAAAUAAUUAUACCGAUGAUUUUAGGAAUGAUCCAAUUUAUCAAUCUAUUCUGAAUCAAACUAGACGUUUUCUGAAAAGUAUCAAGCGCAAGCUAUUUAUUCUGAACUCAGUGCCCCAAGUGAAUUUGGGUGCUGUUGAAAGACUGUCAGAUGAUAUAAGGAAUAAUAGAUCGAGGGAUGAUAUUGAUGUAAGUUUAUGAAGCGGAGCACACCCGGUUCUCAUUUUUUUCUCACAGAAACAUAUGUUUGUACAAUAUGAGGAGUAUUUGGGAGCAUCAAAACGGUACAAACAAUUAGUAAAAGAUUGUGGAUCAAAAUGUGAACUCAUUGAUUAUUAUGAUCUAUUUCAUCCAAAUGGCACAAAAACAUUCAGAUAUUAUGAUGAUAAUGGUUUUGCAUACAUGUCUGGUGGAAAUCAUUUCACACCUUAUGGUUUGGAAUUUCUGCGGCCAUUUUGGAGAGAUUUUUGUAGUCAGAAACUUGUAUAG